UUUAUUAUUUAUCAGAUUGUUCAAAUUUGUGGUGCCAUUUCCCCGAUCCCCAAUGGCGAUGCCCAUUCGAGCAACUCUGCCGGCGACCGCCGAUCUCGCCGGGAAAAGGUUCAUGCGCCGCCGAUCCUCCGGUUCCGUUACUGCUACGAGAAUUCGUAACUUCGACCAAGCCUUCCGCCUCUUCUCUCCCCCCAAGGAGAGGAUCCGGUGCUCCCGCUUCUUCCCUCCUCUCUUUGCAGUGUCCGAGCCCAUAGGUGGUGCUUCUGCAGUCACUUAUGAAGACCUCACAAAUUCCCUGGAAAAUGUAGAAGUUUUUGAUGUUAUUGGUAAAGCUAUUCGCAUAACUGAUUUGUGGAGAGAUAGGAAAGCUGUAAUUGCAUUUGCACGCCAUUUUGGAUGUGUCUUUUGCCGUAAACGUGCUGAUCUUCUUGCUUCCAAAAAGGAGCUCAUGGAUGCAGCCGGAGUUGCACUUGUUUUGGUUGGGCCUGGUACCGUUGAACAGGCAAAGGCAUUUGUUGAGCAAACCAAAUUUGAAGGAGAAGUUUAUGCAGAUCCUACCCAUUCAUCUUAUGAUGCAAUCAAGUUUGCUUAUGGCGUUUUGACAACUUUUACUCCAUCUGCUGGUAAAAAGAUCCUAGAAUUAUACUUGGAAGGCUAUAGACAGGAUUGGGAGCUGUCAUUUAAAAAGAACACGGUUGAAAGAGGUGGUUGGCAACAAGGAGGCAUAAUCAUAGCAGGCCCUGGUGUGAACAACAUCUCAUGCAUCCACAAGGAUAAGGAAGCUGGAGAUGAUCCACCUAUAGAAGAUAUUAUCAAAGCAUGCUGUCAAUGAGAAAAGGAUGGAUAACUGACCUACUUGUUUUACGGUACGCGAUGGACCGUCGGUAAUAUCUCUUUAAGAGAGUAUAUUUCAGUUUAAACUCAUAUCCAAAUUUAUCACAUCUGCAUAAAAAUAGCCAUGUUUAUGUGUAAAUAUGUUUCAAGGAAUCCAACACCAAGGCUAUGCAUGAUUGUGUCCGUCUUAAAUCCUAAAUCCUAAAAUCAUAAACCAUGAACACUUGACUAACCCCACUCGGUUGGUCUUAAAUUUAUCCCUCAAUUCCAUGCAUCCACCCGAUUUUCGACGGACAAACUUUUGAACAAUAAAAAAUUUUGACGUAGAGGGAUUUUCAUGUCUUCUCGGUUGAAUUUCUAAUGUGGUAAACAGGGAGAGCUCUUUGAACUUUUUCCCUCGUGGAUUCAAAGGGCUUUUGAUCUUGAAAACACCAGUCAAAAGAACACACUGUCGAUCAUUUGCACUUUUUCCAAUCAAAUUUUCCUCUAUUUUUUUUCCUUUUAAAUUAAUAGGAGUACAAUUCCAAUUGUGGCUCUUCCUUUGGAAGAUUACGUAGCAAAGAAUCUUAUUUUCUGUGUUUUAUUUAUUUAUUUAUUUAUCUAUUUAUUUUAGUUUCAUGUUCCGAAAUAGUUGUUGUUUUAUCCUUCCUAUUUUUUUAGAGAAAAUAAAAAGGUUUCUUUCGUUGAGUGCUGACUGCUAUUCUAUCUUUAUUCUCUCACCUUUUUAGGACAUAAAAAAAUUAGUUUUAUUAUUUUUUUUUUUUGCCAAACUUAGUUUUAAGUUGGUGUUGACCGGACCUUUUCAAAGUUUUCCCAAUGGCGACAAAUCUAUCAUUAGAUUCUCGCCAGGCUGUCAUGUUUCUUUGCCGAAGUCAACAAUUGAUAUAGAUUUGGCUUUUUAUAAUUUGCACGUGCAGCUUCUCAUCUCCCCGUUCCAGUCUUGCACACUAACCUUGCAGUCAAAGUACAUUCAACAAGAACGUUAUUAUCUUCAAUAAGCUAUCGAAAUUCAAGUAGUUAUCCAGAUCUAAACAAGAUGAGACAUUUAGCUCUAAAUUCAAUUCAAGUUCUACAAGUAGAUGAGAAUGAUCCUUCAUCUUUAUCCACUCAUCAAUCAAUGCUUUGAGCCACAAAAGAAAUCCACAAGAAAGCUCUCUCUCUCAAGACCAUUUCUAUCAAAAUUCAAGUAGUUACAUGAAUCUAAACUAGUUCGAGUUCCAAGUGUGAACCAAAUGAGUCAACCUUGCUCAAUUCAAUUCAAGUUCCACGAGUUGACUAAAUUAAACAUCUCCACGUCCCCUGAUUCCUUUGAACGUUUCCACAUCUUCCUUCCUCUGUUCUCUUGAGAAAGCCUUGCCGAACAAGCAACUACAUGCAUAAAUAAGGCUCGAACUCCUCUCCACGCCUAACACUUCUCCCCUCUUCUCUCUCAAGCCAUGGAGCAGCACUCGAACUUCUCGGAGCAGAGCAAUAAACACAGGAGGCGGCCGCUGCCGAAGCGAGGCCAGGUCAAAGCCGGGAUCUUUAAGGGCAUCGCGAAGGCAGUCAUCCCCGUGGCCUUCAAGAAAAGAAGCGACGGUGGCUUCACCUCCGACGAGGCUUCUCCGGCGACGAAGAGCGGGUAUACUUCCAGCUUUGACGACGAAGACGAAGAUCGAUGAGUCGCGGAGAAUUCGGAGGAGAGUGAAUUCCUAUGAGUGUGUAUGUAUGUAUGUAUAUGUUUUUUUUUGAAGCUCGGCUCUGUUUUUGAAGGGAAGGGAUAACGAUAGUUUCUCUUUUUUCUGUUCUUGCUACUGGAAGCUGGAAACAGAGUCAGUGUCAGGCAGGGCGGUGUCAUUUGGGAUGAUUUGUGAAUAAAAAUUGUGAUUUAAAUUGCCUUUGUUCUCGA